AUGGCCUCUUUACUCAUCAAAUUGCUGUUAUUAUUCUCAGUUAUUCUUUGCUAUCAGCUCUACACAAGAUGGAAACUCAGAAGGAACACACCUGCAGAAUGUCAACAGGCUCCAAGCUUACCCGCAAUUGACCCUUUUCUUGGUUUGGAUCUGUUCAAGAAAUCUCUCGAGAUGCGAAAACAGCAUAAUAUCUUAGAAACACACUCAAAGCAACAUGAUAUCUACGGCAAGACAUUCCAAGCUUUACGUCUCGGAAGAACCACGAUCUAUACAGCCCAUCCAGACAAUCUAAAGGCAAUCUAUGGAACAAACUGGAAAGAAUGGGGUACAGGUAGAGCUGAUGCUAUGGAGCCUUUUUGCGGAAGAGGAUUUGUCACUAGAGAUGGUGAAGAAUGGAGAGUUCAUCGAAGUUUGUUUGUUUCAACCUUGACAGAAGCCAAUACUGUAAAUUUGAAACCCCUCGGCGACGCUUACGAACAGUACAUACAACACUUGUCGUUAAAUGGACAGACUGUUGAUUUGGCACCAAUCUUCAAUGAAUUGUUCCUGGAUCUAUCACUCCAAUUCCUGUUUGGUAAGCGCAUAGCAGCAUUAUAUUCAGGGGACUCGCCGGUAGAUAUGUACACCUUCGAGAAAGCAUUUGAUACUGCACAAAGUUGGAUGGGUAUACGAUUAGCAUUUGGAAAGUUUGGACGCAGUGUAUCUCUCCUCAGUAACAAGUGGAAAGAGUCAUGCAGAGUAGUGCAUUUAUUCGUGGACCAUCAUAUUGCCAAAGCACUAGAAAAAGUGUACAGCUUAAAGUCAGAAGACCAUCCUUCAAGUCUUCUCGAGAAUUUAGUAUUCCGAGGAAAGAACUUGGACGAAAUUCGCUCGCAAAUUCUUCAAGGUAUGCUAGUAACCCAGGAUACAACGGGCAUAGUUUUGAGCAAUACGAUAUUCCUCCUUUCAAGAUCUCCCGAAGUCUGGGCACGCCUACGAACGGAAAUUUGUGCUCUAGGUUCAUUCGAAGUUUGUAAUCCAACAGAUUUGAGGAACUCAAAAUUUCUUCACAAUUGUAUAAAAGAGUCUUUACGAAUCUAUCCUCUAUUCCAUGCAAACAGCCGUGUAGCUCUUGUCGACACAACACUUCCAACCGGCGGGGGUUCUGAUGGUACAGCACCAAUAUUCAUCCCAGCAGGUAGGAAAGUCAGCACAAACUUUUACACACUUCACCGAGAAAAAUCGGUAUUUGGGGAUGACAUUGAGAUAUUCAAUCCCGACCGAUGGAAUCACAUCUCUCCAAGUAAUUGGGAAUUCAUGCCAUUCAGCCACGGUCCGCGUAGCUGUGCUGGUCGACAAAAAGCUCUAGGAGAGGCCUCGUACGUUAUUGCCAGAAUGGCAGCUCAGUUUCAGAAAAUAGAAAGUCGAGAUGAUAGGCCAUGGACCGAAGAUGUGAAGCUGGUGGUGAAAAAUGGUAAUGGUUGCCAAGUAGCGCUUUUUCCUGCUUAA